AUGAGUAGGAGCAGUUGUUUUCUACUCCCCAAUAAUAACAGUUUGAAGCAUGUUUCCGAGGGAGAAUUCUUGAAAAGCAGUGGAUUGGCCCGAUAUCGAUCUUCUCCAAGCUCGUUCUUCACAACCCUUCUCGAAUCUGGUAAUGAAUCCGAUAGUAUGUUUUCUGCCCUGAUGAAUGAGACUCGGGAUGAUGAUCUGAAUCAGAAGUAUCAACUACAGUAUUCUUCUGGGGGGCCUAUGAAGCAAGAAAUAGAGGCCGGUACACGAAAGAAUGGAUCUACUUCACAAGUGGUGUAUGAAAGUGGAGGUGCUGUUGUGGGAUCUUAUUCUGUUGGAAUGGAGAAUCAAGUUCAAGUGAGGAUGAAUAAUGGGAAUGGGAAUUGCUCAAAUCUUGUCAGGCAAAGCAGUUCUCCUGGUGGAUUUUUCUCUGGUUAUGGUGUAACUGGAGAAGUAGGAAAUUACAGAGUUAGUAAUGGGACAAGUGCUGAAGCCCAUUCGUCAGCAAAUGGUUUGAACAAUUACUUGAACUUCUCAUCCAGUUCACCUUCUAGAUCAAGGGUCAUGCCCAGCAUACCAGAAAAUGAAAACGAAGGCAUAAGCAUGCAUAACCCUGACGACGGACAAUGGAGAAAUGAUAAUAGUGCUAAUGGAAAAGGAUAUGAUGCCGCCUUUCCAAAACGCAUGUGGAACGAUUCUUCCUUCAACCAAUUAAAAAGAAACAGAGAUGGUGAGCCAAAGAUGUUCUCUAAUUUCAGUGGAUCCAAAAAUCCGAAAGUGGAAACGGGAAACAAUAAUCAAGGUUUAUCACACCAUUUGAGCUUGCUAAAAGCUUCUGCUGAAAUGGCUGCGGUAGAAAAGUAUCUACAAUUUCAACCAGACACUGUUCCUCUUCAAGUUCGGGCCAAAAGAGGUUGCGCCACUCAUCCACGAAGCAUUGCAGAAAGGAUGAGACGAACACGGAUUAGUGAAAGAAUGAAGAAGUUGCAAGAGCUAUUUCCCAAUAUGGACAAGCAAACGAGCAUUGCUGAUAUGUUAGGUUUGUCCGUUGAUUACAUUAAAGACCUUCAGAAACAAGUCGAGACUCUCACGGACAAAAAAGCGAAGUGCACGUGUUCUAAUAAAUCAAAUCAAGCAAAUUCUACCAUGUGA